UGUUUCAUAGCCACUCACUCAAAGAUUUUAGAGGAUUUUCACAUAUCAUCGUUCUAUAUAUAUUUACACACCAACAUAUUCUGAUCACAAGCCACAAUCAACUCAACUCAUUGAAUUACAAACACAAAGCUUUCUUCUCAUUUUUCUUUCAAAGAAAACAUCAAGGAAAAUCAAUGGCAAUUCGUCUGCCAAAUGCUGCUAAGCAUAUCCUCCGCCGGUCUGCUCUAACUGCAAACAAAAGAUAUUUAACAUCUUUAGAUGUACCAAAGGGCUUCUUUCCUGUGUAUGUUGGAGAAUCCCAAAAGAAGAGAUUUUUGGUUCCUCUAUCCUUCUUGAACCAACCUUUGUUUCAAGAUUUGCUGAGCAAAGCUGAAGAAGAGUUUGGUUUUGAUCAUCCAAUGGGAGGUGUCACAAUUCCAUGCCAUGAAGAUGCAUUCAUGGAUGUUACUUCUCGCUUGAAUUGA